AGCUUUCUCGUCUUUCUUCAUUCAUGCCAUUUCUUUGUGAGUAGUAGUUUGUGUACCAAAACCAAUGAAGUCUUCUCCGGAAUCAUCAUAAUCAAGAUAACCCCAAAUAGAAGGAAAGAGAAAGAUCAUCAAGUGAGAGGUAACAACAUAUGUAACAAAUAUCAUCAUCAUUUAUAUAUAUCAUAAGAUCAUAGAUUAUAUUAUAUAUCAUGCAUUCAAGGAAUCAUUGGGGAGGGUCCUUUGAAAUGGACACAAGUGGUGAAGUGGCCUCAGGUGGCUAUGAGAAUAGCCGAAACACAUGUACAGAGUGGGAUAGGGCAGCGUUGCUUGAACAUGAUAGUCAGAGCCACCAAAUUCUCCGCCAUGAUUUGGAUGAAACUCUUCAAAGUUGGGUUCUAGAAAGGGCUGAGAAUAAAAAGAAGACCAAAUAUGUGGACUUUGGGUGCAUAGUGUUUAGCCACAAGGCAUUGAAAUGGAUUUUGGGUUCCAUUUUCGUGGCUUUUUGUGUCAUUGGACUUCCCAUCAUCAUCGCCAAGUCGUUGCCUAAGCAUCAUUCUCGACCUACCCCACCUGAUAAUUACACACUUGCCCUUCACAAAGCACUCCUCUUCUUCAACGCUCAAAAAUCUGGGAGAUUGCCCAAGAACAAUGGAAUUCCAUGGCGAGGGAACUCAGGAUUACAAGAUGGAAAUGACACUGAUGUUAAAGGAGGAUUAGUUGGAGGUUACUAUGAUGCAGGGGACAAUAUAAAGUUCCACUUUCCCAUGUCAUUUGCCAUGACAAUGCUUAGUUGGAGUGUGCUAGAAUAUAAGCAAAAGUACAUUGCUAUUAAUGAGUAUGCACAUGCUCGAGAACUCAUCAAGUGGGGUACUGAUUACUUGCUCUUAACCUUCAAUACUUCUGCUACCAAGAUCAGCAAAAUAUAUGGACAGGUUGGUGGAUCUCUAAAUGGUACAACAACACCAGAUGAUCACCAUUGUUGGCAAAGACCAGAAGAUAUGGACUAUCCACGCCCCACCAUACCUAUAUUUCAAGGGCCAGAUCUUGCAGGGGAAAUGGCAGCAGCAUUAGCAGCAGCAUCUAUAGUUUUCCAAGAUGACGUUGUCUAUUCCCAAAAACUCAUUAAGGGUGCUGAAACUGUGUUUACCUUUGCUAGAGAUUCUGGUAAGAGGAGGCAAUAUAGUAAGGGGCAAGCUUAUAUUGAACCUUAUUAUAAUUCCUCUGGCUAUUAUGAUGAAUACAUGUGGGGUGGUGCUUGGUUGUAUUAUGCCACUGGAAAUAGAACAUACAUUUCCUUAGCAACCAAUCCUGGGAUACCUAAGAAUGCCAGAGCAUUUUCCAUGAUUCCUGAUUUGAGUGUUUUGAGCUGGAAUAACAAGUUACCUGCUGCAAUGUUGUUGCUAACAAGGUUCAGGGUGUUUUUGAAUCCUGGGUACCCCUAUGAGGACAUGCUAAAUAUGUACCAAAAUAUAACUGGUCUUACCAUGUGCUCUUAUCUUCAUCAAUUCAAUGUCUUCAACUGGACUAAAGGGGGGUUGAUACAAUUGAACCAUGGACAACCACAAGAUCUCCAAUAUGUUGCUAAUGCUGCUUUCUUGGCAUCACUUUUUGCUGAUUAUAUGGAUGUAAUUGAUGUCCCUGGGUGGUAUUGUGGCUCUAAUUUCUUUCAAACAUCUGUUCUGAAGGCAUUUGCAACCUCUCAGAUUGAUUACAUCAUGGGUAAAAAUCCCAUGAAAAUGAGCUACAUAGUGGGGUUUGGAAACAAGUAUCCUAAACAUGUUCAUCAUAGAGGUGCAUCCACUCCAAAUGAUCACAAACAUUACUCAUGCACUGGGGGUUUCAAGUGGCGUGACAGCAGUAACCAAAAUCCUAACACCAUCACAGGAGCAUUGGUUGGAGGGCCAGAUCGUUUUGACCAAUUCCAUGAUUCAAGAAGCAAUUACAACUACACUGAACCAACCUUAGCUGGAAAUGCAGGACUAGUUGCUGCAUUAAUUUCCUUAACCAGUACCACAGGUAGUGGCAUUGACAAAAAUACCAUUUUUUCUGCGAUUCCACCACUUGGGCCGCAGAAUCCACCUCCACCACCACCUUGGAAACCAUGAUAUUACUUAAAACGAACCAAA